CCUCACUUGGUCCGUCUUCUAAAUACAUGCUUGAUAUUGCUUGAUCAUUUUUGGGGGACAGAAUCUAAUUAUUAUAUAUACUGUAUAUAAUUAGUAAUUAAUUAGGAACCAGUCUGGCUCAAGACACUGCCUUUCGAAGCAAAGCGCGCCAGAAGCACAGGAUGGCAGUUGAAGAGUGCAAGUUUCUUGCCAGCAUUGACCUCCGGUAUUUGCCAUACUUCUGGAACAGAGAGAAUGGCGAAAAGAGCCUCCUCAUGGACUUGCUUGAAGAGAAGAAGUACAAGACUGUGCUGGAAUUGGUGACCCGUGGGGAAAUUUCUCCAAAAGAGACCAUACCCUACACAGGUACAUCGCUCUUGAAGCUGUCCUUCAGACAACCUGCAGUGGAAGAUGUUGCCAUUCUUCUGGAUGCAAUGAAGCUUCGGGGGGAGAAAAUCGAUGACACCGAUUUGGAUGCGGCUUGCUAUGCAGGAUCCUUCUUGGUGGUUCAGAAGCUGCUCAAUGCCGGUGCUGUUCCUGGGCCUGAUGCCCUGCAUAGUUUGAUGGAAAGGGCCGGUCAACGAAAGGAGAAUGAGACACUCAAGAUCUUGCAUUUGCUACUGGAGGCCAAAGCUGAAAUCGACGGCUUGGGCUCUUUCAAAGUAACGCCUUUGGUCACGGCAUGCCGAGGUCUCAGCAUUCCUUGCGGAGUUUUGCGGGCUUUGCUCCAUCUUCGUGCUGAUGUCGGCGGUGCAGGGCACGAGCCACCUUUGCACGCUUACGUUGGCCAAUGGGGCCGUGAGGAUGGAAUCCGGGUUUUGGCAGAGCACCGUGCCGACUUGAACCAAACAGAUCAGAUUGGCCGGACAGCCUUGCAUUGCGCUUUGAGUGGGCAUUACCAGUUCAACUUGGCAAUGCUUCUCAAGUCUUUGGGUGCGGACCCAUUCAUUGCAGAUGCGAACGGGGUAAGACCCAGCCAACUUCUCAUCAGAUGCAACCAGCCGGAGAAGGCAGCAGAGUUGGAGGACCGUUGUAUGAAUCAAGAAGAGCUGAGGUUGAAGCAGGCCAUGGAACACCCUCUAGCCAAGAUGUUCAAGAGCUCUUUGAUACAGUCAGUGAGAUGGAUCCUGAGCAAUUCUCCCGAAGAGGGCUUCGGCUGCAUUUGCAACAACCAGUUGAAAGAUGAAUGCGAUUAUGGGGGUUGCAAGCUCUCUGAUUGCUUGGAUGGUUGCGCCCCAAAAGCUGUCGUGCUGGAGCUGCCACUCACCAGAUACUCUGAAAUCUAUGGGAAUCUGCGGUUGACAGCGCCGCCUGAAGGCUUUACUGUAAAAGUCUUACUGAUGGCGAUUUACAAGUUUUAUCAAGAUCCUUUUGGCGAUGCGGAGCUUUCAGAAAUCCGGCAGCUUUUUGGUAAAGGCUUUUUGGGGGACACCUUCGGCUACAUUUCCAACAAUGUUGGUGAGACGGAAGGUUCAAGGCCAAAGAAGCAGAAGGUUCAACGCAUUCAAUUGCGAGGGGAUAGCAUUUUCUUCGAAGGUUUUCGCGAAUGCAAGUUCUUUGAAGAUAACCAGACCCUGUGGGGCAGGAUGUGCCUGGGAUCAUAACUUGUGACCUUCGAUGUGAACUACGCCAAUUCCGUGGCUUUGCUGCUGGUUCUGCAAGUUUGAAUGGAUUACAAAUAAGAUUAAAGGAAUAGAAAGUCAAACCACUAGCAGCUCCAAGACUAGGAGCAGGCUGCUUGUACAGUAGAACAGCAGUCGUACAGCGCAACGUGUGAAAGUCACGGGCCGUGUGAAAUACACUUGUCCCAGGCUUUGCGUGCUUUUGAUCUGGUGUUUGGAGCGACAA